AUGGAAGGUCAACGACCGCAAUAUAUUCCUCCUCCUCCCCCUCCGUCGACGUCGCAACAAAAUCCAUCACAUAUCAUUCCAUUGCCUCCUCCCCCUCCUCGACUCCCGUCCUCGCAAUCACACGGCAUAGUACCUCCGCCCCCGCCGGGUCCUCCUCCAGGCGCAAAUUACGCAGUCUCGUCAGGGUGGCAGAAUUGGGCAAGACAGGGGAUGUCGCAAAGCUUUCCACCACCACCUCCCCCACCUCCGUCCCUACUCCCUUCGAGCCAGUCGCAAUCCUUAGCAUACAAUCGUCAACCGGCUCCAUUGUCAAUUCCCCCUCCGCCUCCCUCGUCUGAAACACAACCUCUUACCUCUGCAACGUAUAUUCCUGCUGGGGAAUCUUUUGGACCAGGAGUAGGGAUACCGCCGUUGUUUGACUCUCAUACACGUUCGAAUUAUGAGAACUAUGGUCAUUCUGGAGCAACAGACCGGCAGAGGUCUUCUGGAAACCAGUCCUAUACGUUGCAUGACAAUGUUCAUGAGCUGGUGUCUCCGGGUGUUUCGACAGCUACUACACAGAAUCCCCAACCGCCAACUACAAGCCAUGGCAACGAUGUGACCAGGUCUUCGAGUCAUCGUCAUAAUGCCAGCAAUACAUCUCUCGGAGGCAUGUCGCCAAGCGAGGCUGCUAUCCAGUGGCCGCUCGAGAGAGUUCUAGCCUGGCUAUCCAAGAAUGGGUUCUCAAAAGACUGGCAAGAGACGUUCAAGACCUUGGAGAUCCAAGGUGCUGACUUUAUCGAGCUCGGCCAUGGUGCCAAUGGCAGGGGCAAUCUUGGAAAAAUGCACCAGGUGGUUUACCCCCAGUUAGCAAAGGAAUGUGCCAAAAGUGGAACCGGGUGGGACCAGGCCCGAGAACGUGAAGAAGGAAAGCGUAUGCGCAAGCUCAUCCGCCAGAUUCAUGACGAAAGCAAUAGCGAUACAGCCCAUCUCAUGCAAAAGCGUCGUGAAUCCCAGCCACUCUUGACUAGCGCCUCUACUGACGGAGGUUUGGAGAAUUCCCCCAAUCUUGGCUGGGAACCCCUUUCUGUCAGCUACAGCGGUGGAGGUAAUGAAAAUACGGCUUACCGAGCACCGCCUUCUGGUCUUAACAAACACAAUGUUCAGAUGCGUUCGGUAACUGCUCCUGUUGCUCCAAAACUAGAUAGUGCACCUGGCGAUCUUUCUGGCCCUGAUUCCACGUCACAUAUGCGCUCGGAAUAUUCUCGGAGUGCCCUCUCCGGUUUGGAUGAAUUUCGAAGGCAAAGUCCCUCAGCGUACAGUGACAGUGGACCUUUUCCACCUCCAACACUUCGAACGCACGAAGACAGUCCGCAGAGCGGGAGUCCAGCUGCUCAACAUGCCAUUCCUGUCCAGUCAGGGCUUGCUUCAUCCUCAAUGAGUGACUUGCAUGGCAAAUAUGAACACUCCCGAGGCAACAGCGCCGAUUCCACACAGGGGGUAGGUCGUGGAACCUCGGCAAUACCGCGCUUUUAUGAGGGUCGGAAGCAGGCACAAGAUAGUGCUCGUUCAUCAACCCAAGAGUCAAAGGAGCAUGGCAAGAGUUUCUUGAACAUAUUCAAAAAGAAAUCAAAGUCCAACGAUUCUUCGCAUCCAUCCCCCGAGGAACAGAGCCUGGAGUCACCGACGAGUCCUGUCUACAUGCGUCAAAAUGGUUCUCAUAGUCCUUUUAUCAAACCUGCCUACAAUAACAGCGAUAUGUCGUUAGGAGACCGCCCAUUAUCUGGCUCUAUGUCUGACUACGAGAAGGGCUCGGGGCGAGGGAAGUCUGCCACCAAAGGCAAGAAAUACGUCUUUGCGACUUUGGAUGGCUGGAAUUAUCGUUUAAUAGAUGUCACUGAUAUCGAUACCGCAGAAGGCUUGCGAGCUGUCAUUUGCCAGAACCUGGGGAUAUUGGACUGGUCCAAUGCUCAGAUAUUCACCACCGAACCGGGACAAACUGAACAUGAUGAACCUUUGAAUGACACUGUAUUAACUCUCAGCCGGCGGGCAAAAUCAGACGCAUUUGGUUCACUGAAGUUUUAUGUUCGCGGUACUCAAACAGGACCGACCACUCCCCAUUUCACAGGACUUGGUGUAUCAUUUCCUGAGAGGAAUACUUCAUCUCCUAUUUCAGGACAACAUCAUUUGCAUAGGAAACCUCUUGACGAGGAUGCUCUGAAUCGUAUAUCGGCUCAAGCCAGGCCUGUUUCGCCCUCUCUUGGAUCUCGACAACCGGCUCUGAAGGCAAAUUCCGCUAACUCCGCUUCGCAUGGUUCCACACCGAUGUUAUCUGAAAGUGCUGUCGGCGAUUCGAGCCAGGAAACAAACAGUGAUCUACUUGCCCGGCAGGAGGAGUACAAGCGUGAAAUGGAGCGGAAACAGAACGCAUACCUACGAUCAAAGCAGCCUCCUUCACUGCAACCGCCAAAGGAUGCUUAUAGCGAUACCGGCUGGAGACGGGAAGGGGUCAUUGACUUUGACACUCCUCGCGUUUCUCCAUUUGAGGAUAAGAGGCCUGAAAAUCUUGUUCCUUACCGUAAGCCUCCGUCAGCUCCAGCCGAAUCCAACACGCUUAAGAAGGUAAAUUCUUUAAGCAAGAGGCCAGAAGAUCGUGGCCAGAUGUCAAAACAGAGACCGCAUAGCUUCAUUACCGAGGAGACCAUGGGUAAUGUCAACAAGCAACCUACUACUCCUAUGGGGACAAGUGCCGGACAGAUGUCUCAACUAACUCAUGCCACUACCGAUGCCGAUUCCAGUACUAUUAAAGCGAAUGGGAAGACUACGACUGCCUCUUCUUCAGAGCAAACGCAGCAACCAUCCUCGGAAGCUCGCAAGUCUUUCGGCCCAGAGUACGAUUUUGAAGAGACGAAAGUCUUCUUUCAGCAAUCACCAUUACCGAAGGCAGAUUCAGGUGAUGAUGAUGACUCAGAUGACGGUCUCUUUGCAAUUCCUUUGUCAACCAAGAAAAACCAAUCGAAGGACAAAGAGCCAGUUGCAGGUUCUUCUGAAGCUUCGCCGAAACCUCGAAAGCCUUCCCUUACAGUCAACACAGCAGCAAGGUCUGGGAAAGGACUCUCUGUGAGCUUUAAAUCACCAAACACUGCAGAUGAGAUGUCCCCGGGACGAUCAUUCCAGAACUCUACUUCUGUGCCCAGCGAACUCAGGGCAGGCUAUGGAGGAUCUCGAGGGCCAUCUGGCAUUCCCGGCGCAGACGCUUUUCCGCAAUCGCCAGAGCAUGAGAGAUUUAUUCGGAGAGAUUCGUUCGCUCGAGAUGAUAUCUGGGCAAGCAGACCUCCAGUCGAAGGCGUCAUUGACCAUCUGGACGACUUCUUCCCCGACAUAGAUCUGGACGAGCCAUAUCUGGCAGCCACGGCGGUCUCUCCGCCUUCCUCUCCGACGGGUCACCCGAGCAGAGACAUGCAAAGCUCUUACUCGUCACCAUCACAUGCAGUCCGUAAUGACGCUGAAGCUUCAGAGUCGAAUGAGCCAACCAUGAAAAAUAAUGUUGCCCAACGCAAUGUUAAUCGUUCUGGUGGCUUAACGCGUAUGAAGUCCAUCAGAGAGGUCGCUAAGGGUGCCCAAGUCAAUCGGAAUCGGAGCGUGCACAAUUCGAAUAAUGCAAAAUCCGGCGAGAUAUUGCGCCGGAAGAGCACCAAAAUGUUUGGAGCAAAGAUUAUGCAGAUCAGCCCCAAGCCUGGAAGUCGCAUAAGUCAGCUGGAUCCGAUUCCUCAAAACAGCGUUGCACAAGAUAAUGGGCCCCAACCACAACAGACGUUCCGUAUCAUUCGCGGUCAACUUAUUGGAAAGGGCACUUAUGGUAGAGUCUAUCUUGGGAUCAACGCUGACACCGGUGAGGUUCUUGCUGUAAAACAGGUGGAGAUCAACCCUAAGGCUGCCGGGCAAGAUAAGGAUCGGAUCAAGGAGAUGGUGGCUGCUAUGGAUCACGAAAUCGAUACCAUGCAGCAUCUUGAACAUCCGAAUAUCGUUCAAUAUCUCGGAUGUGAGCGAGGUGAAUUCUCUAUUUCGAUCUAUCUUGAGUACAUCCCCGGCGGUUCGAUCGGUAGUUGUCUUCGCAAGCAUGGGAAGUUUGAAGAAAGCGUUGUCAAGUCACUGACACGCCAGACCUUGAGUGGCUUGGCCUACCUCCACGACCAGGGUAUUUUGCACCGUGACUUGAAGGCCGAUAAUAUUCUCCUUGACCUCGAUGGCACAUGCAAAAUCUCUGAUUUCGGUAUAUCGAAGAAAUCUGAUAAUAUCUACGGAAAUGACGCCUCCAACUCCAUGCAAGGCUCAAUCUUUUGGAUGGCCCCUGAAGUUAUACAAUCCCAAGGCCAGGGUUACAGUGCGAAGGUCGACAUCUGGUCUCUAGGCUGCGUGGUCUUGGAAAUGUUCGCGGGCCGUCGACCAUGGAGCAAGGAGGAGGCCAUUGGUGCCAUUUUCAAGCUGGGCAGUCUCAGUCAAGCUCCGCCGAUUCCCGAGGACGUGGCUGUGAACAUCAGUCCUGCGGCCUUAGCCUUUAUGUAUGACUGCUUCACAAUUGAUACGUUUGACCGACCUACUGCCGAAACCCUCCUUUCGCAGCAUCCAUUCUGCGAACCGGACCCGAAUUAUAACUUCCUCGAAACCGAGUUGUACGCAAAAAUCCGUGACGUUCUUUGA